AUGGGAGAUUCUUCUGAUAAUCAACAAUUGGAUUCUUCCGAGGUUUCUCCUCAAAUGGGAGAUUCUUCAGAGAAUCAACGGUUGGAUUCUUCCAAGGAUUCUCCUCCUCAAAAUUUGAAUGGUUCCAAGAAACGACCGUUGGAUUCUUCCGAGAACCAACCGAUGGAUUCUUCCGAGAACCAACCGAUGGAUUCUUCCGAGAACCAAUCGCUUGAUUCUUCCAAGUAUUCUCCUCAUAAUUUGGACCCUUCCAAGAAUCAGCAACCAGAUCUUUCCGAGAGUCGACCUUCAGAUUCUUACACUACCCAACAGUUGGAUUCUUCCAGAAAUCAACCUCUCGAUUCUUCAGAAAGCCGACCGUUGGAUCCUCUUCGAAAAUUAAAUCCGCUUCAAGCAUUGAAUCCUUUUGGAAAAUUGGAGGAUAGACACUUAUCAGAGGAAGGAGGGUUCCCACGGUGGGUAACAACGCAUUCCCGGAGGCUGCUUGCAGCACGUGGAAGAAGAAUUAGCGCGAACGUAGUGGUGGCAAAAGACGGGAGUGGUAAGUGCAAGACGAUCGAACAAGCAUUAGCAAUGGUACCAAUGAAGAACAGAAGGAAGUUCGUGAUUUACAUAAAACAAGGUGUUUAUAAGGAAAAGAUUGAGGUAACAAAGAAAAUGAAAAACGUCAUGUUUGUUGGAGAUGGGCCAACAAAAACUAUCAUCACGGGAAACGUCGCAUUUUUGCCCGAUCGCAUCGGCACCUACCGCACUUCCACAUUCGCGGUAAAUGGUGACUAUUUCAUGGCGAAGGACAUAGGGUUCGAGAACACGGCAGGAGCAGCACGCCAUCAAGCAGUUGCACUCCGAGUUUCGGCCGAUUUUGCUGUGUUCUUCAACUGUCAUAUGGCUGGUUAUCAAGACACACUUUACGUCCAUACACACCGUCAAUUCUAUCGUGACUGCCGCAUCUCAGGCACCAUCGAUUUCGUCUUCGGUGAUGCCAAAGCCGUUUUCCAAAACUGUGAAUUUGUCAUCCGCCGUCCCAUGGAUAACCAGCAGUGCAUCGUUACAGCCCAAGGACGGAAAGACAGGCGUGAGACGACUGGGAUAGUUAUCCACAAUAGCCGUAUAACUGGCGAUGCAACAUAUCGUCCCGUCAAAGACAAGAACAGAGCGUUUUUGGGACGGCCAUGGAAAGAAUAUUCAAGGACAAUCAUAAUGAACACAGAUAUCGAUGAUGUGAUAGACCCAGAAGGUUGGUUGAAGUGGAACGAGACGUUCGCUCUCAAAACGUUGUUCUACUCCGAGUAUCGCAACAGAGGUCGUGGCUCGGGUCAGGCCCGCCGGGUCAGAUGGAGGGGUAUUCAACGAAUCUCUGCUAGGCAAGCCAGGGGGUUCGCUCCCGGGGAAUUUUUACGUGGCAACGCAUGGAUCACAAAGAGACGCAUUCCUUACAACGCUUAUUGAA